ACCUGAUGAUUCAUCGGAUCUUAUCUUAUUUGAUCUGAAUGUUUUCUUACUUGCAUAUUUAUUUAUCUCCUAUUAACUGAGUUCCUUGGUAUUUUAACAUGUCGCCUUAGUCCCUUUGGCAGUCACGCAGUCGAAAAACUAAUAUCAUGGAGUUCACGCAGGUGUCCACCCUGGUCAUCACACUCAACCUUUCAUGCUGCUGCUGCUUCACGAAGAUCCGGAAAACUCUAUGCAAGCUGCAAGAGAGCGAGGACAUCCGCGCGAUUUCGUACGACAAGAAGCAGGGGACGGUAACGAUCUCGGGCACCUUCGAUCCACUGGUGCUCCCCUGCAAGCUCCGCCGCAAGGCGGGUUGCGUGAUCAGGGAUAUCCGCCUCGAAGAGAAGAGUAUGCCAUGGAUGCCAGAAUACAAGGCUGAACCCAAGUUCGCACCACUACCACGACGAGGGCAGCAAUCUGCCGUGCCGACGAAGCCGCCCACGCCAGCGUGCCUCCCUGCCCAUGCUCCGGCGUGCUGCUGCGGCGCCUGCCAGUGUGGGGGUUGCAGCUACCACUGCUGCUGCUCGGCGUUUGCGUUCAUGAACGGUGCAGUGCCUGCGCCGCCGUGCUACGGGGCGUCGUAUGGAGGUUGCUCAAAGAUCCAAAUCACCUGUGAGGAGUCGUCUCCAGCUUGCAGUAUCAUGUGA